ACACACACACACACACACACACACACAGUAAUACACACACACAGUAAUACACAGUAAUACACGCUCAUCUGUCCUGCAGACAGCAGACCGGUCAAUGACUUCAUCUCUGUCAGUCCUUUGUUUCCGGGUAGAUGAGUGGAUCUCCCAGUCUCUUUCUCCCAUAAAGUGCAAGAGAUGCACUUUAAAUCAAACUCCCCACUCUCUUAGAGGAGCGGAUCCUGUUACAAUCUAAAGUGGAUACCAACGGUUUUAUUUCCCCAGGUUUUUCUGGGUUCUUUUGUGGGGUCGUCACUCUUGAACGAUUCACUGGGCUUCUGUCUGGAGGAUUAUAUCUUCUAAUGGCUGGUGAUUUUGCGAGCAGCCCGACAGUGUAGCAGAACAAGAAGGGGCCGCCGGUGAUCGUCACUGUGCUCUGCGUGUUUUCUUUGUUCUUUAAACAUGGAUGUGCAUCAUCUGCAAUCGCUCCGAUACUGCCUCCCACACAGUGUCAGCGACUCUGGACUGUUCUACACUCAUAACAACUCUGCCAGUGAGCAGAGCAUCUGCCAGGCCCGGGCCUCCGUCAUGGUGUACGACGACGCCAGUAAGAAAUGGGUCCCCAUCAAGCCGGGCCAGCAGGGCUUCAGCCGCAUCAACAUCUACCACAACACCACGAACAACACCUUCAGGGUGGUGGGCGUCAAGCUGCAGGACCAGCAGGUGGUCAUCAAUUACUCCAUCGUCAAAGGCCUCAAGUACAACCAGGCCACGCCCACCUUCCACCAGUGGCGGGACGCACGCCAGGUGUACGGCCUGAACUUCGCCAGCAAGGAGGAGGCCACCACCUUCUCCAACGCCAUGCUGUUCGCCCUCAACGUGCUGAGCUCGCCUGACGGGGGAGGAGGUAACCAGGGCUCACAACCCGUGCUGGAAGGGACAGACUGGUCGGGUCUGGCCCUGGGGGGUCUGGCCCGGGGGGGUCUGGCCCGGGGGGGUCUGGCCCCGGGGGUUCUGGCCCUGGGGGGUCUGGCCCUCAGAGGUCUGGCCUUGUGGGGUCUGGCCCUGGGGGGUGUGGCCCUGGGGGGUCUGGCCCCGGGGGUCUGGAUGCUGGAACAGCACCAGAUGCAGGCGCACAAGGAGAGAGAGCGCAGGACGUCAGGAUCAGUCGUCUCCACUCUCCAAUAUAAAGUCGCCACCCCCCCCACCCACCCUGACACUCCGCCCGGGUACAGACACUACAGGGCUAGCACCCUGCCGCCCUCCUACGUGCGCGUGGCCUCCUCCUCCUCCUCCCCCCCCUGCUCCUCCGCCUCCUCCUCUCCCUCCCAGGAGAGGGAGGCCUCCAGGGACACGGGGCAGCUGUCCUCCCAGCUCUCCACCUCCCUGGCCUCCGCCUUCUCCCCCGUCCAGGGCGGGGUCGGCACCCAGGGCCGGCAGGUCCGCCAGAUCCCCCUGUCCCCUCCCACCAUCGCCCGCCACUUGCACCACCAACAACAACAACAACAACAACAACAACAGCUGUAUCAACAGCAACAGGAGAUCGUCCUCCCGCCCAAACACGGCACCUGGUCCGCCUCCCACAUGUCCCACAUGUACGCUCAGAUGCAGGCCGCCGCCCAGUCCCCCCCGGUCAUGAUGGCCAUGCCCGGGAAGCAGGCCCCGCCCCCGCAGCCCGCCCCCCCGGUGGCCCUGCCGCUGCCCCCGCUGAGCUCCAGGCCCAAGCCCCCCCCCAUCGACACCAGCCUGGCCUCCCAGCAGUACGCCCAGCACCUGACCCCCCAGUCCAACGGCCUGCCCGAGGAGUACUACUCCCCCCACUCCCACCACCUGCCCGUCACCCCGCACUACUGCGAGGCCGUGCCCAUGCCGCCCCUGACUGGCUCUCCAGCCCAGGCCCCGCCCCCUCAGGCCCCGCCUCCUCAGGCCCCGCCCCCUGGCCAGUACCCCUCCAGCUUCCAUCCUCAACAGCAAAUGCAACAACAACAACAACAACAACAACAACAACAACAACAACAACAACAACAUCAGCUACAACAGCAGCAGCAGCAGAUGUACCAUCAACAGCAGCAGCUGUACCAGCAGCAGCAGCAGGUUUACCAGCAGCAGGCUCUGCCCCCCUCCUCCUCCUCCUCCUCCUCACCCCCCUCUUACACUUACGUGUCUGAUGGGGGCUCGCCCAAGAAGGCCCCCUCCCCGGUGCCCCAGCAGGCCCCAGGGGCCCGCAGCAGUCCCCCUGUCUCCGCAGGUCACCCGGCGUCCAUGCUGUCCGUAGCCCCCCCCCCGGCCCCCGUCCUACCGCCCAUGGCCGGACCGCCCGCCCCGCCGCCCCCUCCGGGGCCCCCGCCCCCUCCCAUGGCGGUGCCCCCGCCCAUGCCCCCUCCGCUGCCCGCCGGCGGAGGCCCUCCUGGGGGCCCGCCCGGGCUCAUGCAGCCCGCCGGGCUCGCCGCCGCGCUGGCCGGCGCCAAACUACGUAAAGUGCAGCGCGAUGAGAGCAGCCCCCCGGGGUCGGGCGGCUCCCGGAGCGACUCCAACCGCUCCAGCGGCGGCAGCGGGGGCGGAGGGGAGGGGCUGAUGCAGGAGAUGAACGCCCUGCUGGCUCGGAGGCGGAAAGCAUCAGAGAAACCUGAUGAAGACGACUCCGGCGGUCGUGGACAGAAUUCUACAGAUGCCCUGAAGAAGCCGUGGGAGCGGUCUAACUCGGCUGAGCGCUCCUCGCUGGUGUCUAGAGUGAGGCCUGUCGGCAGCUCCAGUGAAGCAGACACAGAGUUCGACAGAAUGAAGCAGGAGAUCCUGGAUGAGGUCGUACGUGAAUUGCAUAAAGUUAAAGAUGAGAUCAUCAAUGCCAUUAGACAAGAGAUUGGCAGAAUCAGCACGUCCUAGUGUCUCCUGAACACCAGUGGGAGGAGCCAGAGGAUCGGCAGACAGUCACAGACCUCAGGAAUGUUUCCCGCCAUGUUUCUGUGACGCCAUGUUGAACAGUCAAUGAGCCGUGAUGGAAGUUACAGAAAUGCUGCGCCAAACAUUUCUCAAUCUGCCGCAGAACAGAGGCAUGAGGAAGCAGUGGAAACAGAGCAACGAGACGAGACGAGGACAUCGAGGGAGAGGAAAGUGAAACGUGUGAGGGAUGUGCAGGUGUGUGCGAAAGGACUUGGCUGAGAGGGGGAAUAUGGUGGUGGUCUGACACUCGCACUGAGUUUGGUUUUGUCACGCGCUCCGCGAGAGACCGAGAGACUCCGUCAGCCCAGGGUCGCAAAGCUAUUCUUUUCAGUCAUAAGAAAAAACACAAACAUUUUUCUAAGUUUUUACUGUUUUAUUUAAAAAUGCUGUGAUGAUGAUGAUGAUGUUGCAAUUAAUGACAAUGAUAAUUUGAUUGAUAUUGUAGGAGAAACCACCCUUGCACAUACUUUGUCAGCCUUUUAUAUUUUCAACUGUUUCUAUUUAGUUGUCCCGUAGUCAAACCUUAAAGGAACAAAAAGCACAAUACGGGCAGACAAGGUGUUUCAGACGCACCUGUCCAGUUUUCAAACGCCGUUGCGAUGGCCUUGUUCAUAUUGACAUGUGGUUCUAUCCUACUCAAAAAAUGUUGGGUGCCAUGUAGGUGAUUAUCUCAUUUGAUCCCGAAAUGGGUCUUUAGAUAAUCCCCUGCGUCCAAGGUCAACAAUAAAACCAGAAUAACUGGAUCUCCCAUUCCAGUUCAGUCCUGCUCCAGUGUGAUCCAGGCAUCAGGUGGAAUCAGGCUGAAUCAGGUGUCUGUGUGGGGGGGUCAGAGCAGCUGAGCGGAUGGGGGGGGGGGGAUCUUUCAAAAACAGAACCAACUGUAAAUGUGCCACCUCUUUUUUGCCUAGAUAUGAAACAAUGUAGUUGUAACUAUUAGUCACCCUAUGCUUUGUGAACCUUCCAGAUAUGCAUGAAACCCCUCACUAUAAAUUAGUUUUUCAUUGGGUUUAUUAAAGAAGGAUUUGAGGAGAUAGAACGGUCCUCGGUGGUACACUUACCAUUGUGGUUUGUUUCCUGAGGAUGCCCCUUUCUCUAAACAGAUGAAGUAUCUUGAACAACGGUAGCUGUUUAAAAUGUAAUAGCUGGUGCUGGCAAUAUAGAAAUGUGAUGGCUUGAAAUGUGCAGAAGGGGUAGCGGUACGUGACAAUGGCUAAAUGUCUGUCUGAAGAGAGUCGUCAAUUGAAUUGAUGGGUUGUGGUUUCAUUCUAUCUGCUCGCCAAUACCCCUCAAAGUCUUGGAAGUGAACUCAUUCAAACAAAAACAAUAUACCUGUCAACAAUUAA